AUGGCUUCCAUAACCAUAAGAGCCUCCUCCUUCUUCCUCGUCUUCUCUCUUGUCCUCUUCCUCUCGAUACCAAACUCAGCCACUGCCACUCACCCUGUCUCUGCAGUCUUCGCCUUCGGCGACUCCACCAUCGACUCCGGCAACAACAACCGCUUCAACACCCUCUUCCGCGGUGACCACUUGCCCUACGGUCGUGACUUUUCGGGUCACAUCCCAACGGGAAGGUUCUCGAAUGGGAAGAUAGCAACCGAUUACCUUACACAAAUUCUAGGCGUUAAGGAAGUGUUACCUGCUUAUCUGGACCCACAUAUAACUGAUCAUGAUUUGCUUACUGGGGUUAGUUUUGGUUCUGGGGGUUCUGGAUUGGAUAUCAACACUGCGACCUUGACAAGGGUUAUGGACUUGAAUGCACAAUUUGAGUUGUUUGAAGAGGCUUUGAUGAGGAUGAGAAGGGUUGUUGGAGUAGAAAAGGCUAAUGAAAUCAUCGAGAAUGCCUUAUUUGUGAUCAGCACUGGCACUAAUGAUAUGUUAUACAAUGCAUAUUUGUUACCAACGAGGAUUAUUCGCUAUGGUUCUAUUUCAGGUUACCAAGAUUUCCUGCUACAAAAUCUUCACUCUUUCAUUCAGAGACUGUACGGAGCAGGAGCUCGUAGGAUUAUGGUGGCAGGUCUUCCACCAAUUGGGUGUCUGCCAAUACAAGUGACAAUAAACAGCAUAUUACCAAGCCAACACUGGCUACAGCGUGUGUGUAACGUUCAACAGAACGUGGAUUCUGAAGCCUACAACACCAAGCUUCAAUCACAUGUUCGUUUACUGCAAACCAUACUCAGUGGUGCCAAGGUCGCCUAUUUCGAUAUCUAUACGCCCAUUUUGGAUAUGGUCCUAAGUCCCACUAAAUACGGCUUUCAACAAGCACUUCAAGGAUGCUGUGGGACAGGGCUAAUCGAGAUGGGUCCUGUCUGCAAUGUGCUUGACCUAACGUGCUCAGAUCCAUCGAAGUAUCUGUUCUGGGAUGCUGUGCACCUUACGCAAACAGGAUACUAUUUUCUUGCAGAGAGUGGUCGACAACAUUUGCUUCCAUACUUUACCAGUUAG